AUGGGGGCGGCCGGGGUGGUAGAGAGAGGUCGAGAUGUGGUCCGAGCGCCACCGCCUCCUCUGGAGUACCACCAGCCUCUCAGCUCUCACCUCGCUAAUCUUCUACCGGUUCGACAUAUCACAUUAUUUACUCAGAUGAUAAAACUGUUCCCAUUAUGGAUGACGUGCAUUGUGCAUUGGAAGUUAUUACCUCAUUUCCUUACAGACCCCUACGACUUGGUCUCCGGCGGACGAUUGGGGGGACAAGGAUCCGGUCAGAUCCAGCUGUGGCAGUUCCUCCUCGAGCUGCUUGCGGACUCGAGCAACGCCUGCAUCGCCUGGGAGGGAACCAACGGCGAGUUCAAGCUGACGGAUCCCGACGAAGUGGCUAGGAGGUGGGGCGAGAGGAAGUCCAAGCCCAACAUGAAUUAUGACAAGCUGAGCAGAGCCCUCAGGUACUAUUACGACAAGAACAUCAUGACGAAGGUGCAGGGGAAGAGGUACGCCUACAAGUUCGACUUCCAGGGGCUGAUGGCGGCCUGCCAGAACGAACCGGCGCCCUGCUGGCCGGGGGCGGGGCUACCCUUGCCGCCUCCCCCUUACCACGGCUACCACCACCUCCCCUCUAACUGUUCCCGGUAACUGGAACGGUAACUUCAUCCAUCUAAUGGAACGGUUAACUCAGCGGUUCCAGCUCUACUAAUAAUACGAACUUGUAGUUGUGAUGAAGAUGUCAGGAAGUAAAGAAGUUGUGGAACUGUUUGAACAGUUAAACGGAACCUGAUCUUAGUUAGAACGAUACCAUUGGAUCGUUUAAUGAUUCCAGUUUACUGUUACUCUGUCACUUUUAACGCAGACUGAAAAUUAUAGGAUUUAGGAACAUAAAUCAUUGAUACUUUUGCAUUAACGGUUCCUUUUAACAAUUAAUGUUUACCGUUAUUAUUUUUUGCUGUAGAAGUAAGAUUCCCUUCCAGUCCGAUUAUAUUCAACAUCGUCAUUUUUUAUCAAAUUAUCAAGAAUGUUGUUAAUACUGUUAAAAUACAUAAAUACAAUACUCUAGGCCAAAAAAGAUUAUGAAUCAUCUUAAGUGAUAUUGAAACAGUUGAAAGGAUUUAUUUAAAAUCAAACUGUCCUGAUUUUUUAUGACAGAAAAAUAGAAUAUUAAUUUUAAAAGUUCACUAAGUAUUUGCAAUUUUAAUAAUAUCAGAUAAGAUAACCAGUUUCGCAUUUAAAAUUUUAAUCUUUUACAGCUCCACUACAAGUUAUACUUACAUAUAAACUGGAGCGGUUAAGAGAUCCAACGGUAACCGUUCCAACCAUCGAUAGAUUAGAUGACUAUAAAUUGUUCCAUAAUGUUCGUUAGGUAUUCCCUACACCUCGUCCCAUCACAAAUAUUUCCUUCUUCAAUCUGAAGUCUGUUCAACAAAUUUAUUUGUCGAGGAUUGUCACCACCUUUUACUUUCUCCUUUCUUUUUUCGCUGAUUCAUCAGUUAAUCGAUGUUCCUUUUGAUUGUUAACACAAUAUGUGUAAAAUAUAAACAGUGAGAUAGAGGUUGUUUUGUCUGAUUAUUUUUCUUAAAUUGUACCCGCGGCAAUAGUCGUUACUCAUGUUAGGAUUCGAGAUUUCCAAUCAUCGGGUUUUUGAUUCCUAUUUAAAACGGCCAAGUUACUAUUUAUCUACUGAUCUUGACUAAUAAUAUUGUUCCUAAAGUAUAUUUUCUCGUUAUGUACUUUUAUUCGUUAAUUGGGGGAGGGAAAGAAAUCUUUAAGCGACGUUUUGAUACUUUUAUUUUCAUUUCUGGCCUGACACCCCCUUCUCCCACUCCAAUCCCAGAACUAUUUAAUUAACUGAAUUAAUGCUUAAAAUCUGCAAAUCCAGAAUGAAGGGUGCUCUUUUAAUCUUUUCUAGAACCACUAUCGGAUCCAGAAUUUCAUUUUCGGUGAAGCUUCAGGCCGAAAGAUUUUUUUUUAAUAUAACGAUAAUUAAUUUGGAGGAAAAAGAAAAAAAGUAACUACCUGUUCGAAGUGGGGUUUAAGUGAUUCUUGAAUUCCUAUUAAAUGUAAUUACAAGAACAAUACUUGUAGCGAUUAUUUUCUUCAUAAGAUAUUUCUUUCUUUUUUUUUGGGUCCUCCUCUUCCUCGCCGUUAAGGCUAUACGGGGUUUUCCCGGGCCAGGGAGUAUGGGCGGAUAUUUAAAAGACGCCUUGGCACCGGGACGCGAACUCGUGACUAUUUUUAUAACAUUUGUCAUAUAUCAGGUUGCCGGGCAACCGUGGAGCUGUGCACAACGCGUUGGCCCAUUCGGCCACCCCGCCCACUUUUUCAUAAGAUAUGAUAAUAUUUUACAAUUUUGAGGGGGGGGGGUGGCUUCAGCCUUAAAUUCCCAAUGUUCAUAUACGUCUUCCUUUAAAGUAACUUUAAUAAGAUUUAUUUUUAAAAACUUGAUCAUUUCACAUUAUUCAGAGUUAGGAAAAAAUGCUAAAUAUAACUUUUGAAAGAAUUUGAUAACUUAAUAAAGGAGAAAAAAAAUAAAAAUGCAGAAAAACCUUCGUUGCUAUAGACUGUAGCACCUAAACGAAUGUACCGAUUUCAAUGAAACUUCGCUAAAGUCAUUUUCUCGACACCAUUUAAAUUUAUCUAUAUAACAUACUUCAACGAAAAGAAGCUGGGAAAAAAGUUACGAGGGAUGGUAUAAUUAAAUUCCGAAUAAUUAUAGUCAAAAAGUAUACACUUUUUUGUCGAUAUUGUGACAACAUGUUUCAAAGGUAUUUAAAUUGCCUAAAAAAUGAAAGAAGUUUCAUCGAAAUCUAAGCACUAUUAGAAGAGAUAUCGUGAUUUUAAAAUAUUUUUGGUUUAUUAUUACUUUCACUUACGUGUAUAUGUAAUAUAUAGUAAGGGUUAGCCCAAAAGAAUACCCCCUAAUACCUCCCUCUCCUCCACCGCGUAGAUCCGCCUGUGUCUAGAACCUAAAUUUGUAAUCCUCCAUAUUUCAGGACCAUUCUGAUUGCAUUCAUACUAUUUAUUGCUUUUUUUACUUUCUCCUUGUUGAAAUAACUUAUGCACCAGUAUUAUGAUUUAGGAUUUAAUUCCUUUCAGUGCCAGCUGCGGUUAAUAACAUCAUGGAUUUUUUACCAUAUCAUUUCCAAGUUAAAUACAAAUUUUCGCAAACAAGCCAUUUAAAUAGUUCUUUUUUUAAAUAAUAUAUAAAUGGCUUUUGAUGGAUCUGAAAUAUUUAUUAUUUUGAUUAUAGUUUCUUAUUAUAGUUGGACAGCUCUCUAUAUCCUCUCCCCUCCACUUCAGUAUCAUGAUUAAUGGCAAAUGCACAGGUUAGUUCAACAAAAGGUAUGUAUCUAUUAUUCAAUAGUUUAGUAGGGUAUUUGUUAUAUAGAGCUAUUUCAUUUUAUAAUUUUAAAUUUACGCGAACUUUUCAAUUUUUUUUCCAGUUAUAAUUGUAGAUGAACUAUAUUUAAUUAUUAUGUAGUAAUUAAAUAUUUAUGUAACGAACCUGAUGCUGGUGCCCUGGCCAGAAUGUACCUGAGCUGAGAUGUAAAUGCUUUUUAGGAUGAUAUACUAAAAUUGUUUCAUUUCUGGACAAUGAUCUGAAAUUUGAUCAAACAUAUAACAAUAGCCAAUUGUUUUUGUUGUAAAAUAAACUAUGUAUAGAGACACAAUUUCACUAAAUAUAUGUGCGAUGGUCUAUGUAAAUGUAUGUUUAUAAAUAUCGUUCGCGUUUGUUCAGUUAUGUAAAUAAAACAAUUUUUUAUCAA